AUGUCUCGCCGCUACGACUCUCGUACAACCACUUUUUCGCCUGAGGGUCGCUUGUACCAGGUCGAGUACGCACUGGAGGCGAUUAACAAUGCUUCUUCAACCCUCGGGAUUCUAGCGAAAGAUGGGGUUGUCUUAGCAGCAGAUAAGAUGGUGACAUCGAAGCUGCUGGAUCAUGGCAGGGCCAAGGAAAAGCUAUAUAAGGUAGACAACCACGUGAUGUGCGCUGUUGCGGGCCUAACGGCCGAUGCAAACAUUCUGAUCAACCAGGCGAGGGUCAAUGCUCAGAGGUUCCUCUAUCAGUACGGGGAGCCGCAGCCUAUUGAGCAGCUGGUAGUGCAGCUGUGCGACAUCAAACAGUCUUACACGCAAUUUGGCGGCUUGCGCCCUUUUGGAGUCAGCUUCCUCUUCGCGGGCUGGGACAUGCACCACGGCUUUCAGCUGUAUCACACGGACCCCUCUGGCAAUUACUCUGGCUGGAAGGCGACUGCAAUCGGCCUUAAUAACCAGUCUGCUCAGACGAUCCUGAAACAAGAGCUGCGAGACGAUAUCGACGUUUCUAGUGCUCUAAAUCUAGCGGCCAAGGUGCUGAACAAGACCAUGGACUCUGCUGCCCCUAGCGCUGACAAACUGGAAAUUGCAGUCUUGCAAUUCGACCCCAAGAAUUCGGGAGUCCUCAUGCAACGCCUACUGCCUACUGCCGAGGUGGAGGCUCUCUUAAAGAAGGCACAAGAGCAACAGACCGAAACGCAAUAA